AUGAAGACGACCUCCGUGCCACUUCGGCGCCGAACCGGGCCGGUGUCGUUCCCCUCCCCUCCCCACCACCGGCGAGUGUCGGCCGCGCCGCAAUCUUCAGCCGCCCACCAGUCGACUGCGGGAGGCGCCGCGCUUCGCGCCGUGACUCACGCCGCACCUUCCGGCGCCAACCACCGCUCCCUGCUCCAAGAAAGCGCGUUCAGCGCCGAAGCGCUCGCUUUCAACCUCGCCCUCCGAAGUCUACCUGCCCGAGGGGUUAACGGACCAGGCGUGGCAGUUACUGGCGUGCCCGAGGGGCUAACGGACCAGGCGUGGCAGCUGCUGGCGGUGUUUCUCACCACUAUAACGGGGCUGAUUCUCGGGCCGCUUCCCGUGGGCGCGUGGGCCUUCGUUUGCCUCUCCUUCGCUAUAUUCACAGGCACUCUCUCUUUCUCUGACGCCAUCAGCGCAAUGACGAACGAGGUCAUCUGGCUGAUAGUAAUUUCAUUCUUCUUCGCUCGCGGAUUCGUCACCACGGGCCUGGGCGACCGCAUUGCCACGCUCUUUGUGAAAUGGUUCGGCAGCAGCACCCUCGGUCUCAGCUACGGACUAGCAGCCAGCGAAGCCCUGCUAGCCCCAGCCAUGCCCAGCACCACGGCGCGAGCGGGAGGCGUGUUCCUGCCCAUCAUUGACUCGCUUUCCAAGCGCUACGACAGCCGCCCCAAUGACCCCAGCAGCAAGAAGCUUGGCGCCUUCCUCAUCAUGACUCAGCUGCAAACCUCCGCCCACAGCAGCGCCAUGUUCCUCACCGGCGCGGGGCAGAACCUGCUCUGCUUGAAGCUGGCGCAAGAGAUGGGAGUGGCGAUCCCCAACGCGUUUGGGACGUGGAUGGCGAUGGCCGUGUGGAAUGUGCUAGUCAAAGGGAGAAGGGUAAGGGCGAUGGGGCCUGUGAGCGGGAAGGAGAUGAUCAUGAUUGGCACCAAGUGGGCAGAGGGGGGAGGGGGGGGGUAUGAGUUUGUGUGGGGUAACCGCCAUGUCGGCGCUCUCUCUCCUCUCAGGCAUUGUCUCGUGCUUCCUCUGCUUCCCUCCUCCACUGCCCACUUCCCCCAAUCCAGUGAAUCACUGGGCAUCCCCAGUGUGGUAACCGCCAUGUCAGCGCUCUCCCUCCUCCUCCUCUCCGGCGUCGUGUCAUGGUCCGACUGCCUCUCAGAGCGAUCCGCAUGGGACACCCUCAUGUGGUUCGCCGCUCUCAUUGCCAUGUCUGCCCAGCUCACCCACAUGGGUGUGGUGGGCUGGAUGGCCGAUGGGGUAGCGGGGGGGCUUGGGAUGGUCCCUGGGGGGAUCCUGGCAGGGGAUAUGGCGACAGGGGGGAUGUUGGGGGAGGAGAUGGGGGGAAUGGUGGGGAUGCUUGGGGGAGAUUUGGGGGAGAUGGUUGGGGCGGGGGUAGCGGCUGUGGGAGCGGCAGCAGGAGCAGUGUCAGCAGUGGGAGGGGCGGUGAUAGAACCAAUGACUAAUGCCGCCACCGCUACUGCCAUAACCACUACUGCUGCCACCCUACCACCCCUAGACUCCCCAGCAGAGCUAACUUGGGUUUCCAGUUUCUUCCAGCUGCAAGUUCUCUACUUCCUCGCGCAUUACCUUUUUGCCAGCCAGACAGCCCAUGUGGGGGCGCUCUAUGCGGCUUUCCUUUCCAUGCAGCUAGCUGCUGGUGUUCCUGGGGAGGUUGGCGCAUUUGCGCUGGCGUUGAAUACGAAUUUGUUUGGCGCGAUUACGCAUUAUAGCAGCGGGCAGGCGGCGCUGUAUUAUGGAGGUGAGCGAUAA